AUGGUCCCAGGUGAUGCGCCGUGCUCCGCUGAGCUCAUCCAUGGCCGGCUCUCCUCGGGAGAUGGCCGGAGCUGCCGGAACGAGCGCCGGCGCCUCUCCUCGGCUCUGCGUGCGGUGUCGGGGGAGAAGAAGAAGGAGGCGGGAGGAGAGAGUCAACGCCCGCGGGCCCUGCACGCAACAUCCUCAUCGAGAGGUACAUUACCCUCCUACUCCCAACCACUCACACCACAUCGAGAGGCCUGGAGCGUCAGCUCCUGCAAGCCCGGCAACGGUGUCGCCUCCCUCCGCGACGACAGCCUCGACACCUACUGGCAGUCGGACGGCGCGCAGCCGCACCUGGUCAACAUCCAGUUCCAGAAGAAGGUGCAGCUGCAGCUUGUUGUGCUGUACGUGGAUUUCAAGCUGGACGAGAGCUACAUGCCCAGCAAGAUCUCCAUCCGGGCCGGCGACGGCUUCCACAAUCUCAAGGAAAUUAAAACGGUGGACCUUUUGAAGCCAGUAGGAUGGGUUCAUAUAUCAUUAUCCGGCACUGAUCCCCGAGAAACAUUCAUUCAUACAUUUAUGCUCCAAAUUGCGGUGCUGGCCAAUCACCUGAACGGGAGGGACACCCAUGUCCGGCAGAUCAAGAUAUACGGGCCACGACCGUGAAGUUAU